AUGCCUCGUGGCCUCUACGCUAUGGUCAUGGCUUUCAAAGAUGAAGCCCCCGGUCAACAGCAGGGGGCCCUUGGCCUACUAUCAGAAAAGCUUGGGAAGUCACUCUUUGGCAUCGAGAAGGUUGAUAUCAACCAGUCAGCCGAGAAACAAACAUUCGAUCCCGCUUCGACAAUCGCGAAGGAUACCCACACCGACGAGCACCCAGAAAUGAACAUGGUCAAAAAGCGUUUGAAAAAUAUCAGACUGGCCAGCGGUAAGACUCACGGCCAGAUCGAGUUCCCGGAGGCUGCGCCGUUGGUUUACCCCGAUCUAGAUCGUGCCGCGGCACGGGCGAUGGAGAACACGGGGAAGGAAUCUGAGGGGACGCGCGAGAAAAUGAAGAGCGCGGGGGCUUGGGUACAAGAUUACAUGUAUAGAAAAGCGCAGGCCUCAUAUGAAGCCAAAAACCCAGGGUCCUCUCUAGAAGUUCCUGAGUCGGGGCGUAAGGGGUUUGUCUCACAAUAUAACGACCCGAAUCACCCGGUGAACAACGGAAAGCUUACCUCGGUGCUGAUUGGGGGCCUCAUGGGGAGCAAGCCGUGCCUGAUUGAACGGGUUGCGACUUCCAUCAGGGAGUCACAAGACUCCACGAGAAUUGCUCGCGGUGGACCUCCAAGUAAACCGAUUAAGAAGAAAUGGCAGCGACAUCACCGCACCAAGCAGCCUGGGCUUGCUAAGAAGGUUCUGCAGCAGGAUGUGCUUUAUCUGCUGAUCGUCAACAUGCCGACCGAGGAAGAGCUGAAGCAAUCAGUUGCUCACCUAGAACAUCUCAUGGAGCAGAGUAGGCAGCGUUUACCACGUCAACCCUCACACUGA